AUGGACGGGUCAGGUCCUGCCCCGUUUCUUUCAGUCCCUAGUGGUGGGAGUAGUCCUUGUGGCCGGCCUGUGCUAUUUCUUUCUUCGUCAAACACCUGGUCUUCCUCUUCCUCCAGGCCCGAAGCCAUUGCCUUUGAUCGGAAAUCUUCACCAGCUGCCCAAAAAGAUCAAUGGCAGCGACAUCAAGAAUGGCAUGAGAAGUACGGACCGAUUAUUACUGUGCGAAUGGGGAUGAGCACGAUGAUUAUGAUCAGUGACUACGCCAUUGCCAACGAGCUACUAGAAAGGAGAGCGGCCAUCUACAGCUCUCGACCAAAGAUGCUUUUUUUGAACAAAUAUCUCACGAAUAGCCUGCAACCGAUCAUGCAGCCCUUUGGCCCGCGGUGGAAGCGUCUCCAUCGGCUUCAUAUGAUGCUCCUGAAUCCGACUACUACGCGCGCCUAUCACCAUCUACAAGACCUGGAGAGUCGCCAAUUCAUGAAGGAGUUGCUCUCCACCCCAUCCGAUAGCCACACGUCUCGAUUUACGAGAUAUACGCUCAGCUUCAUGAUGGGACUGGUGUUUGGGGAGCGGGCCCCUCGGGGAGAUGAGACGGAGCCAAAUUUGAUGCGUGAUUGUCUGAUGAGACGAUUGACGGGCUUCCACUGGACAUACUUUCUCGCGGACCUGCUUCCCCCACUGGACUGGCUGCCCAAGUACAUAGCCCCCUGGGCCCGUGCCGGGAAGAGGAUGCGCGACUAUGAGAUGGGCAUCUACGAAAGGAACAUCGAGGCAGCACUGGCGAGACCGCACUGGAGCUGGGCCAAAGAGCUGUCACACCGGGGGAAGGGGGAGAAGCUCAGCUCGGAGCAGAUCUGCUAUGUGAUCAGCGAGCUCUUCAUGGCCGGCACCAGCGGCACCAUCGUUGGAUGGAACAUCUUCGUCGCUGUGGCGCUGUUGAAUCCGGACUGUAUCCAGCGCGUCCAACAAGAACUGGAUGCGGUGGUGGGCCUGAGGAUGCCGACGGUGCAAGACAUCCCCCAGCUGCCUUAUCUCACAGCUUUCCUUCACGAACUGCUUCGCUUUCGCCCCAUUCUGCCGACCGGAUUUCCACAUGCCGCCACGCAGGACGACGAGUACAAAGGGUUCCGCGUGCCUCGAGCAGCCCAGAUUGUCACCAACACCUGGCUGAUGGACAGUGAUGAGUCCCUCUAUCCAGAUGCCACCAGCUUUCGCCCUGAACGCUGGCUGGAGAACCCUGGAUUACCUAUGACCGCUUUUGGAUUUGGACGACGCAAGUGCCCUGGCCGGGAUGUCGCGCGUAGCUCUCUGCUUCUGGCCCUCGGCCGGUGCCUCUGGGGCUUUCGCAUUGAGUUCGACCACGACGAUCCGGCGUCUCUAGAGCAGUCCAGCAUUGUCAUGGCGCGGGGCAAGAGUCUUUUCGAAGAGCCUGAGUCGGUGAAGGCCCGCUUUCUGGUGCGGAGUCCCAAGCACGAAGCCGUCAUCACGCAUGACUGGGAAAACGCUAAUACCGACUUGGGAGCCAUCCUCAAAGCCACCCGCGACGAGAUCCCUAUUCUUCAAUCCAAAGGGGGGCUGGAGGCCUGA